ACAAAACGAAAAAUUCAACCGAAGCCGAGUUGUCUGGCGCUCUUGCCGAUGCCGUCCACCGCCGCCGCAAGCGAGCCCUCCCCGUCGCCCCCCCACGCCGUGACCACCCCCGACGGGUGGCACCCUCGCACAACGGAGCGCCGCCUGCUCCAUCUCCUGCAUCACUCCUCCCGCGCCCGGCGACGCCCGCUCGAGCUCCUCGCCUUCGCCGUCCGCCAUUGCCUGCAUUCCUCCCCGCCCUCCCCACACCACCAUUUCCUCGCCGCGCUCCUCCUCCUCUCCUCCCCUCCGCCUCCCGCUCUCUCUCUUCUCAGCCUCCUCCCUCCUGAACCUCCGCCUCCCCUCCCACUCCUCAACGCCGCCCUCAAGUCCCUCUGCGCCUCAUCUCCACCCCUCGCGUUCCGCCUCCUGUCCUCCCUUCGCCGCCUUCAUGCCCCUGAUCGCCUGUCCUUUCUCCCGCUGCUCGGGCCAACCUCCUCGUUGCCGCUUCUCUCAGCCUUCCAUGGCCUCCUCCUCCGCCUCGGCUUCCUCUCCCACCACGCCAUCUCCCUCGCCCUCCUCAGGCCAUAUCGUCUGCCCCACGUACGAAUCCUGUUUGACGAAAUGCCUCAGCAGAGAAAGUGCACCAUCGCCUACAACACACUCAUCACCGCCUAUGUGAAAGCCAAGGAUAUUUUCACUGCACGCCAUCUGUUUGAUGAAAUGCAGCGGUUCAAGCGCUCCAGGAGAAGCAUGGUUUCCUGGAAUGCUAUGAUCUCAGGGUGUACGUGGUGUGGGAGGGAUGACAUGGCAGUACGGUAUUUCCAAGACAUGGUGAGGGAGGGCAAGGUGGCGCCAGAUGAUGGGACCCUUGCCGCGGUGCUGCCUGCUUGUGGGAGGAUAGGGAAUGCUGGUGCCGGGAGGUGGGCGCACGAGUAUGCAUGUAAGAAGGGUAUCUUAGACAUCUCAGUGCAUGUUGCUAACGCGGUGGUGGAUAUGUAUUGCAAGUGUGGCGUUGUGAACAGCGCUAGAGAGGUGUUCGAAGGGAUGCAACAGCGGAGUGUGGUGAGCUGGAACACAAUGAUCUCUGGAUUUUCGUUGAAUGGGCAAGGGAUUAAGGGGAUUGAGCUGUUCCGGCAGAUGGUGAGGUCUGGUGGGGAGCCUAAUUCAGUGACUUUCCUGGGGGUGCUUGGUUGCUGUGCCCAUGCUGGGGCAGUAGAUACUGGGCAGCUGAUCUUCCAGACUAUGCAGUCAGAGCAUGGGAUAGAGGCGGGAAUUGAACAUUAUGGGUGUAUGGUAGAUUUACUUGGAAGGUCCGGCCUUCUCGAAGAGGCACAUGCGCUGAUUCAAGGGAUGCGAAUGAGCCCUAAUUCUGCAAUAUGGGGAUCACUUUUAAGCGCCUGCCGUGCCCAUGCUGGGCUUGGCAUUGCCGAGGUGGCUCUCAAAGAGCUUAUUAGUCUGGAACCUUGGAAUUCAGGGAACUAUAUGCUGUUGGCCAAUCUUUAUGCGGAAACACAACGUUGGGACGAGGCAGGUGAUGUGAGGAAACUGAUGAGGAGGAUGAGUGUGCAAAAGGCACCAGGGCAGAGCCUAAUUGAAGAACCAAGUUCAAGCUGGCAAAUACAUGAUCACAUUGUGACUUAACUCUGGAAAUACACCUACAACGGGGAGGGGGAAACUGCAAAUAGGACAUAUAGUGGGAAGCUCUAAUGCUCUAUGCAUUGCCAAAUCUUAUCAAGAGGUCACAGACUGGUAUUGCAGGUAAUCACUUCAAUUGUCUUCUUGUUUCAUAUAGACUUAUACCCAAUAUGAAAUUCGUUUUUAUGGUCAGUUCAAGAGCAAUUUAGGCACUAGACACCUGAUUUCAUACGAUACAUUUGUGUUAUUCAUGUCCUGCUCUGAAUCAAAUGUCUUACUAAAAAUUGGAGAUCCUACAAUAUUGCUGACAAGAACUUAGAAAUGUGAGUAAGGCUUCUGUCCUGGAGACUGGUUCGCCAAGUUAUUCUAUGUUUGAAAUGGUAUACAUGUAGUUUGCAACUAUCAGCGGUGAUAAUGAUGGGUAGUACCAGUACAUCUAUUUUAAUUUAUAUUCUGAACAUUUUGUAGCAGAAUCAAGUCCUUACUUUGGUAAGGUGAAAUCAUCCUCUUCAUGGGCAUAUUCUGAUUACUUUUACCAAAUGUUAAAUUAAGCCAUGCAUCAAUUGGAAAUUUGAAUGAA